GUUCAGUGACAGCUGCGGAGCUCCGGGCUCCAGACUUCUGCUUGUUUUUAUCCGACAGAACAAACAACUAAAGACGAUAAAACAAAAAGGAAGCAACGAGAAAGAGGAAAUUUUAACUCCUGUAACUAAAGAAAACUACUUAAAAUUUCCGGUGAAGAAUUAGGAGGAAAACGACGCGGCUGCUGCUUCGUUCCUGCAGGAUGUCACAGGGCUGCAGCAAGAAAACACGUCGCUGAAACUUCGAGCCGAGCAGGAGCCCGUUGAAAGCAGGCGUCGGCUUUCUGAUCUCUUUCACAGAUCCACAGAAAAACAUGGCUCUGUUCUUCUCUGGAGCCGUUACAAGCUCCCCCGUCAAACGGAGGCUUCGGAGCAACAACACCUGCCAGAGCCUCGACCUGUCCCUCCUCUCUCCUGACUCCUCCUACGUCUGCUACCCCUCAGCGGACGGGGGCAGCCCCUGCAGCUGCCGCCGCUCGCCACGCCUCCUCACCAAUGGCUACUACGCCGUCACAGAGGACAGCUUCAGCUGGGACGAGGACGGGAACGUGUCGCUGACGCCCUGCAAAACCAGCGUGUCCUACAAGGAGAACCUGGUCAGGGUUUUCCGGCGCCGACGGCGGCCUCGCAGCGCUCUGGUUCGCCUGCUGAGCAACGUCACGGAGAGCUGCCAGUCGUGGCUGGACCAAAAGGUCUUCAGAGGCGUGUUCAGAACCGGGCACAACCAGAACCAGGACCAGGAUCAGGAGGAGGACCGGGAUCGAGGCUUGGACUUGGACCAGGACAGAGAUCUGGACUGGUCCAGGAUCAGCCAUGAGGGCCCCGCUCUGCUGGACGAGUCUCUGUGGUCAGGACUGAACAGCACCGAGCUGGACGACACUCGCAGCUUCACUUACGACCCCACUGAAGUCCCGCCCCCUCCUGAUAAAGAAGCUCCGCCUCCAAAGCUGCUCAUCCAGGAGGAGAUCUGCUCUGAGAUCUGUCAAUCAAAGAAGCGCUUCACCCAAACGCUGAGCGGCCUCUCUGAAGUCCCGCCUCCCUCACCUUUCUACGUCACCAGCUGCAGCUGUCAGGCGUCCCCAGAGCACACAGGGUUAACGAUGAAGGCCUUUCUCCUCCUCAUCUUCAUCAUCUUCUUCUUCACUGCUCUGUACUCGGGGUGCCUGUGGUGGAGCUCCGCUGUGACGUCAGCCGUGUUUGUGACGAUCACGACAUUUAUGCUCCUGACGAAGUCGGGGCCGAUGGGCGAGUGGAGGAGAGCGAAGACGGAGGACAUCACAUCCAGAAAUGAGUAAAACUCUGAGGAGAGACGGAUGAAGCGAGAAGGUCUUCGGGAAUCAGUAGAAAUAUUUUAUCAUUAUUUCUAUUUUACUUAAUGUUUGCAUGUAAGUUUCACUGACAUAGUAAACAUGUCCUGAGCUCUGGAAGCUUUUACAGAAACACCUGUUCGAUGCUAAAAAUUCUUCCUUUUUUAAUCAAAAGCUUUGAUAUUUUUGCUCUGAAUUAAAUAAUGAAGAAUAACACAAUAAAGAAAAAAAUGACUUUAAUUAAUCAGCUUCAUCCUCAGCAUCAUGUUCGGAUGUUUGCUGUUAAAAUGCAGAAGGAGCUCAGGUACAGAGACACCAGUUAGUUUAGCAGCUCAGAGGAGUGAAUAACUUCCAUGUCAGAUAUAGAAAUAUACCCAAGUGUUUCUUCUCUUCUUAGUGGUUGAACUUGGCUGUUUUGAGCUGUCCAAAGUGACCAAACAUCAGACUUUGUGUGUCUGGAAAAGAAAUUCAGGUUUAAAAGGGCAAAUAGAAAAUCAGAGUUUUGACUUUUUCUUAAAAAAUAAAACAAAUGCACAAAAAAUCAUCUGUAAUUUGUUGCUGCGCGAUAAAAAAACAGCACAGAUUAUUUUUACAUUAAAGAUGCACCAGCGUGGAUUUUAAUCCCAGUUGCUGCUCAUAGACGGGCUUUUCUCCCACUCUGAUUGGUUUAGAAUAAUUUGAUUAUUGAUUAACUGAUCACUGACUUUAUAGAUGAAAAUAUUCACAAUAUUCCUGAAAAUUCUCACCUUACGCUCAUUACAUUCCGCUAGUUCCAGAGUAAUAAAAACUUUCCUGGUGCAGCUUUAACAUCAGGUAUCAUGUAACAAAUGUAGUGAAUUCUGAAUAUUAAAUGUUUCCUGCAGCAUUUUGUGGCUGUAAAGUGCCUUUACAUCAGCCAGCUGGGCAGAAAUGUUAAACGUACGAGCAGUGCAGGGUAGAAACAAUAAACAGACCUCUGCAGUUAACGUGGACAGGUGCUUCUUAACAGUUACAAUAAACUAAUGCAAACCUUCUUUAAUGAAGCAAUCAGCAGCAGAAUAACCAGAUUUUAGAUGUUUGUCCGUCUCCUGCUUGUAAACAUACGAAAACACUGCAGGAACAGCGACGUACGUGCACCUGCAGUGGAUCUAAAUCAGGUCUGAAAGCAGCUUUUAUUGUUUGUCAACAGUCUGGUUUUGUUUUAGAGUAAAAUCCAGCUGAAAACAUCCACCUGUCUAAAGUGUGUGUGGUUCAAUUAGUGUCAUGAUAAUUGAGGAAAGCAGCAUUUAUUUACCGUUUAUUUAAACACACACACACACACACACACACACAAAAAGAAAAUGCUGGCCAAUCUGGAGGCUGCCAAAAAGAUUGUUUUAUGAAGAAAUUCCCCAAAUAACACAUUGUGAUGACUUCGUUCUUCAGUAGUCUGUUAACAAAAUUAGCAACAGCACAAUCUUGACUACUUCUGCAGUUUCCAUGGAAACAAGAGUUUCUCUUACAUAAUCCCUAUGUAAUUAGAGACGUCUGUUUCCAACAUCACUGACCUCAUAUUUCCAUGAGUCCCUUUACGGCCGAGACAUACUAGCUGUUAGCAACGGGUCUGCAUCCACAUCAUGGCUGCCAUGCAGUCCUAGCGGUCGUAGGCCGCUCGCAUUGACGUGAUGUAACAUGUCAUGUGCGCGAGUUACAAUAUUGACUUGAGCGCUAGAGGCACUAGUGAACAAAAGCAUGACCACGAGGUCAGAGGUCAACGCAAUGGCAGAUAGUUUUGAAAAGCGCCUCUCGGAACUUGUUCGCAGCUACCGGUAUUUUUCUUCCCCGUUGCACAGUACAAACACUCGUGCCUUAACAGUUGGCAACACGUUGGUAAACUGUUGUUUACAGAAAUGUGAAAAUUUUAUCAGCAGAAAAAUCAGUCCAGGGUGUACCCUGCCUCUCACCUGCUAAAACGCUGGGAUAGGCUCCAGCUCACCCACGACCCGUAAUGGAAUAAGCGGUCAAGAUAAUGGAUGGAUGGAUGGAUGGAUGGAAAAAUCACUAUCUAUUAAAACCUCUGGGUUCUUUUUGUUGUUGAUUUUCAGUUAUUAUGACACAAAUUUAACCCCAUACACUUUUAAUUAUGUCACAUCUUUGCUCAUUUAAAACUCGAUGUGAAACAGAUUUGUCUAUGUGGGAGCAAUAAAAUUCAGAAAAUGGGGGAAAAAAAAAUACAGAAAAACCUCAAGAACGGGCCAGAAGAAUGUUUGUGGAUUUGGACGAGGGUCUUUAAAGUCACUGCGAAAGUCAAAAAGAGAAGGAAAAGUAGCCCUGACCAAGAAAUGUAAAGAAAAACGAGUACUGUACAACUUUAUGAGGCUCUGGCCGUAUAAAGUCUUUUUUAAAUAACGCAUUUCAAUCAUGUUUGGACCUCAAACUACGCCAAGAUUUAAAAACGAAGAGAUGAGCUGCGCUUGGUUUCACCGACAGCUCGGCUCAGCUCUUCCUGUGUGAACGUUUUCAGUGUCUGUCUUUGUGUAAUGAAAUGAAUAAAUAUUUAACCAGAGAGGCAAAGAAAUCUUUAGCUCCUCAUGUUUCAGAUUCUAUAAACCCUUUAGGGUGAAUUUAAAAUAAAAUGAAUGCUGCAUUUUGGUCACACAAAAUAUAAUUUAAUCGCCAGUUUCUGACUUGAACCUGGUCUGAAAUAUCUAACGCACAAAAUUAUACGUAGAAAAAUUAAAUUCAAAUUUACUACAGUGGGAUUUGAUUUAAAUGCAGCAUCAGUUCUGUAACAUGAAAGGUUAUAAGAAGACUUGACUUAAGUGCCAAAUUUAUUUAAGAAAAAUCAGGUAAAUGUCCGUUAAGACCAACAAAAACUAAAUAUAUUUAAUUUUUUCUGCUUUUUUGAGCUGCGCUUGGUCGUAUUUGUACUUUAAAAAUGAGUUGACUGUUUUACGUUGAGUGUUUGAGCUUACAGAGAAUCAGCAUCCCUGUCUGAAUCAGAUUGUUUUGGCCUUUUCUAGCUCCAUUUUUGGUUUUCUGCUAAAAUCAGAGCUAUUUGUGUUUGUUGAGAUGGUGGAGACAGAAAUGGAGCAAAAACCCCAUGAAUAUGUGCAACCCUCAUUCUGCUGCCCCUUGUGGCCUGAAUGUGUCAGUGCAGCUUCAAAUGAGAAAAUUUAAACAUGGAAAUCUUGUGAAAUUAUUCCUUUACUGAAACUGGAUUAUCAGAUUUUUUUAUACCCUUGGAGCUAAAUUUAUGGUUAGAUGUUUGGGUGAUGUGUAAAGCACUGAACACGGUGUUAAUGAUGUAGUAUUUUAUAUUUUUAUUUCCAUUGACUGCACUUGUUUCCAAAGAGGGAAAUGUGAUACUCUGCUUUUGUUGGCACUUAUUAUUCUUAUUUUAAUGUGUCUGUGUUUUAUUACAGUAUCUGACAGCAGCUGUUUGCAGAUCUGUCAAAUUAAAUCUUAAAACAAAGGACAAACUAAAAAAAAAGAAAAAGUUAGGUGUUCAGUAGAA